AUGAAGGUCACAGGUCACCCAUCAUGCUGUAGUCACAUGCCUCAUGUUGUACAAGUCGUGACCGAUAAUUUUUGACCGUAAAGUCUUGGAGUUUGUACUUUGAUCGUGUCCAACAUGGAUCGAUCAUCGUGUUUACUGUUGUUCCUGGCGAUCGGCAUCACGUGUGUGGCUACACAGGAGUGUGGAUAUGAGAAAUGUCGUUCCCUGCCGAUCAAGCCUGGUAUGAUCAAUGUACACCUGGUGCCACACACGCAUGAUGACGUUGGCUGGCUCAAGACAGUGGACCAAUAUUACUCUGGAGCAAACAGCAGCAUCCAGAGGGCAGGUGUUCAGUACAUCCUGGAUUCAGUCAUUCCCCAGCUCGAGGCCAAACCUGAGAGGAAGUUCAUCUAUGUGGAAAUAGCCUUCUUCAAGCGCUGGUGGGAUGAACAAGAUGAAGACAUGCAUGGCAGGGUGAAGAAGCUCGUAGACAAAGGCCAAUUAGAAUUUAUCAAUGGAGGCUGGUGCAUGAACGAUGAGGCCAGCACACAUUACAAUGCAAUCAUCGACCAAAUGACGCUCGGACUGCAGUUCUUAAAUACAACAUUUGGCGAGUGCGGUCGACCUCUUGUGGCAUGGCACAUAGAUCCAUUUGGACACUCCAGGGAACAAGCUUCACUUUUUGCACAGAUGGGCUAUGAUGGAUUCUUCUUUGCAAGACUGGACUAUCAGGACAAGGCGAACAGAUUGAAACUACAGAACAUGGAGGAGAUCUGGCGGGGAAGCCCCAACGACCUUGGCAAGGUUGCCGACCUCUUCACAGGUGCCCUGUUUGCCCACUAUACACCACCAGAAGGACUCAGCUUUGAAAUACUGAACAAUGACCCACCAGUCCAGGAUGACCCCAGGCUACAUGAUUACAAUGUGGAUGAAAGGGUGAACACUGCUCUGAACCGGUCCGUGGAACAGGCAAAGUACUUCCGUACAGACCACAUCAUGUGGACCAUGGGGUCAGACUUCCACUACCAGGCAGCACAUACAUGGUACAAAAACAUGGACAAACUCAUCAAGUACACCAAUCCUGGGAACAAGGUGAACCUGCUGUAUUCCACCCCAUCCUGCUACGUGUACCACAAGAACCAAGCUGCCGACGUCAAAUGGAACACCAACAACACAGACGACUUUUUCCCGUACGCAGACAAACCUCACAGUUUCUGGUCGGGAUACUUUACCUCACGACCUGCCAUUAAAGGCUAUGUCAGGGAGUGUAACAACUUCUUGCAGGUUUGCAAGCAGCUAGAAGUCAUAGCUGGGCCCUUACCAUUUACAAACGGAGGACCAUCAUCACAAAGAUUCCGAGAAGCCAUGGCUGUUGCCCAGCACCAUGAUGCUGUCAGUGGAACUGAGAAGCAGCACGUGGCCUAUGACUAUGCCAUGCGGCUACAUGCAGGUGCAGUGGAAUGCCAGGAGGUGGUGAGCCAUGCCCUGGCCGGUAAGAUGAAGAAGGGAAGUGUUGAGCCGCCGGCUGCUCAGUUCUGUGCCUAUCUCAACGUCAGCAUCUGUCCCACCACUGAGGAGAAUGAUCAUUUUUCAGUGACCGUGUACAAUCCCCUGGCCAGGCAAGUGACUGGACACUACCUCCGCCUACCUGUCAAUGGUCAAUCUUACACUGUCACGGCACCUAAUGGCAAACCAGUCAAAACUCAGAUGCUGAAGGUAACUCAGCAGACUGCGAAGGUGAGGGGACCUCGUGGUAAUGCCACCAGUGAACUGGUCUUCCCUGUGACUGUGGAAGCUCUGGGCUACAGUACUUACCUCAUUUCUAGGGCUACAAGGACUACAAGGAGCCUGUUCAUGCCUCAGGCAGAGACUAAUGUGAUUUCAAUGGCGAUCCCCCAGUCACCCAGGAUGAGGGAGGAUAUUGAGAUUCAUAAUGAGCACCUGAGUUUGAUAUUUGACACCACCACUGGUCAUCUAAAGACUGUGACAAACCUGAAGAACAAGUUGAUACUAAACGUGCAGCAGGCCUUCUACUGGUACAACUCCAGCACAGGGAACAACCAGGACAGCACCCAGAGGUCGGGAGCCUACAUCUUCCGUCCUAAUGGCACCGAACCGUUCCCAAUACACACAAAAGGCUCUGUCAUCACCAAAGUGGUGACAGGAGCAUUGGUGCAGGAGGUUCACCAGGUGUUUAGUGACUGGGUCACGCAGGUGAUACGUCUGUACGAUGGACAGCUCCACGCUGAGCUGGAAUGGACAGUCGGACCAAUCCCCUUCAAGGACAGCCUCGGCAAGGAAAUAAUCACCCGUUUUGACUCCGACAUGCAGACUGACAAGAAGUUCUACACAGACUCUAAUGGGCGCGAGAUCCUAGAACGUGAGCUGAACCACCGUCUGACCUGGAAGCUGAACCAGACUGAGCCGGUUGCAGGGAAUUAUUACCCUGUUAACAGCAGAAUCUUCAUCAAGGACAACAGCAGACAACUGACAGUCCUGACAGACAGAUCCCAGGGUGGCGCCAGCCUGAAGGACGGUUCUCUGGAACUUAUGGUUCAUCGCCGUAUGUUUUAUGAUGACAACUUUGGUGUUGGGGAGGCCUUGAAUGAGACAGGAGUGUUUGGAGAGGGCCUGGUGGCACGAGGCAAACACUACCUGAUGCUGGAGUCCCCUGCAGACUCUAGCCAGCUACAUCGGAACCUGGGAGAACAGCUGUACAUGGCACCUGCCGUCAGCUUCACACCCAACACUUUCUCCACACAGGACUGGAGCAACAACUUCAAUAUGGCUUACACGGCUCUGAAGCGUGAACUGCCGUCCAGUGUCCACCUGCUGACGCUGGAGCUGGCUGAAGAAGACACAGCGCUCCUCAGGCUGGAGCAUCAGUACCAGGCAGCUGAUGGGGGGACACCUCAGACAGUCUCUCUACAGGGUCUGUUUGAACCAUUUGAGGUUGUGACAUCCAGCGUGGAAGAGCUGACACUUGGUGCCAAUGUUCAUGCAGAGAAGUUACAUCGUCUGUCUUGGAACACUCAGGAAGGUACCACAGGGAAUGUAUCCCAACGCUGCUGGGACCCGAGCUCUGCCACUGUCAGCCUGAAGCCCAUGCAAAUCUGCACCCUUCGUUUCCAUGUUAAACGCAGGUGGUAACCGCACACAAGCUUUCACUUCAAUAUGGUAUAGUUUCAGGGAGACAUUAAGAAAAAGAUCCUACUGUAAGUUCAUUUACAUUUGCAGUUGUUUUAUUCCGCAGUAGAAGGAAAAAGAAGGAUACUUUUCGUAGAGCUCUAUUUUCACAGUUGAAACAAUUCUAUAUUUAAGUAGACAUACAAAGUACAUGUAGACAAUUUGCAGUGUAUUGAAUUUGCGCUGGAGCUGUCACAAUAAGAUAACUGUAAAAACUUAAAGAUUUACAGCAUAGCCGAGGUGGUUCAUUGCAGGGAGUUUGCAGAAGAAUUGAUUAGGUUGUGCUGUCUCUCAAACUCAUGAUGGAGCGGUCAGAGGAACUAGGUAACCAGGCAAAGUUUGAAACAAACUGUAUAACCAGAAUACAUAGAUAGUGGUUUGACCUCCACCUAUUGAGGUACACAAUGCAAAAGUUACUCAAGCACCUGGAUUAGUUUUACAAAUGGUCAGAUGUUUCAGAUAGCGUCCGCUAUCUUUCGGCAGGGACUGCAAAAGAGUUUUAAAUACAAUAGACAUUUAACGAAAACUAUAAAUUGAUAUGUAGAUGAGGGAAGACAGUUGUAGGACAGUUCAAUCAAAGGUAUUAUGGCACAGUGCAUUAGAAGCCUUGUACUUCUGGUUCCAUAGUACAAUCAUCAGGUUAGACAUGAAGGGUUGGAAAUACCCAGUUGCCCAGUUGCAACAUACAACCAUAUUUAGGAUAUUUUCCUCUGUGCGUAAAUCUUUAAGCAAUCUUGGAACUUAUUUUACUUAACUAAAUUUAAACAUAUUCAAAGCCUUUAAGUGUUAGAAAUCACUUGCUGAGCUUGAAUUGUACUGUUAGGGCCUUGCACGUGUGGCAGUCUGAAAUGUUAACGGGAAACCUAGCAUAUGGCUAAGCCAACUUGAUAAAGGUAUCUCGAAUCUGCAUGUUGUAGUUGUGGUAACGUGACAUUGCAUAUAGAAACAGAUAUCGAAAAUAUCUGGCAACAAGAUACAUGUGUGAAAGACAGUGGAGUUAGCACUCCAGACAGUCCAGGAAUAUGUGUUGUACAAAUUCUUUUUUUCCAUAUUAUAGAUAUCUAUAGCUACAGCGUGUAGGGCCAAACGUAAUGUGUAAGAUCAACACAUUCAUAGGAAUAGACAGUGCUUUUAAAAGUGAUUUGCUUAUAAGAAGAUCACACAUGCAAACUAUCUGCUGUUAGACAGUACAGAUGUAGAUAUAUAUGACAACAUGCAGCACAUUUAGUCUAUCUAUAAAAUACCAUAAACCCACAAUCAAUGUGGGAAAGCUGCUAAAUAUAUUGUGUUCGGUUUUUUUGCACUCUCAGAGGGCAAUCUACAUGUAUUAAUCAUACUUUGAUGUAAACCCUUUAUUUAUAAAGUAACAUGUAGACUGAUUGCUAUAUUUCUCACUUCGCUGCAUAAUGAUAAAGGACAGUAUGAGAAAAUUCUGCAUAGAUUUUCAAGUGCUUGUGUUACCAAUGACACUAAAAACAACAGUCCCUGGUUAUAAGAAACCAUUGUAUAUAAAGUAUUAUUCACUGAGCAUUGACCUUUGUCACUAUAAACACCCUUCUGAUGUUAUUGAACAUUGAAUCUUACAAACCAUACUUCUAGUUCUUGAUUCCUAUUGCCUUGACAUCAUAUAGAAAACAAAGCAGCCAGGAACUGGUAUACCACGACUUCUGAUAAAUGUUCUUUCAUAAACAAACAAUCCACAGUCAUUGUAAAUUACUUAGUACAUACAGUUGCAAGUUUUCCUAAUGUUUGCUUUUCUGCUUCUCAGUAUAAUGAUACUGUUCUGGCUAAACAUAAUCAGGAAAUGUUGAAAUUUGGUGACAUGAGCACUUUUGAAUUAACAUGCUUGCUUUUGAAUUAGUUCUUAGUAUGAUAUGUACAAUGUACUGACAUUUAGAUAAACAAGGCAUCAGAUUACCUUUACCUGCUUAUGCUAUGAUGCUGUGUGUGAAGGUUAGGAUUUUGACAGGUGUUUAAAUAUGAGGUCAUGUGAACCUUAGUAUUGAAAAUAGACUGAUUGCUCUGCUGUAGUUUUCAAACAUGACUUGCCCUUGUCAGAGGUCUUUAACUUGUGACAAGGGCAACUGGCCUUGAAUGAACCUUAACUUCUGAUUGAUAUGACCGUAUUUAGUCAAUCAAAUUGAUUCCAGUGCUGCUAGAAGUUUGACAAAUUUGGUGAUAAAAGAAGAGAGACUCGA